GGAUUUUUUAACUAAGCUCCUUCCAGCCAUGCAACAACAGCAGCUGGAAGCAAUCACAGCCCUAGGAGAAAAAUUUUCUACUUCCUUGAACAGCCUCCGAGCCGAUGUUUUAAACAAUGAUAAUAACUUCCAUGUGGACCGCAGUGGAGACAAUUCUCCUGGUCUAAGUCAUGGUGCAGAUAAACAAAAUGAAGCAAAUGCUUCCAUAUCUGCAGAUCACCCUAGAGGAAGGAAAAGAUCCAGGUCUUCAUCAGCAGAAACUUGCCUCAGUCAUGUAGAAUCUAGUUCUUCUACUAGGAGGCCUAGUAAAAAAGAUGUUGAUGUCAUAAGUACAUCAGCAUCCAACCAAUUGUAUGAUGGUUUAAUGAAUGAAAUGCUAGGGCAAGAAGACAACCAGUUAGAGGACCCAGACCAAGAUGUCUGGUCUGACCUCAUCAAAGAGUAUAACGAUGAGGACUCCUUUGGCACAGAAGUAGCUCCACCUUUAGCAUCUAUGGCUAAACUCAUGUGGUCGAAGAAACUUACCAAUGAAAAAUUAAAAGGCAGACUAGAAAAAGUCCAAAUUCCCACGAAUUGCCGUUUUUUGUCUGUAAAGAGCUGCAAUAAACCUAUAUGGGCCAUGGCAGACAGCAAAAGAUCAAAUGAUCUGGUAUUGCAGAAACUGCAAACCACUGUUUCGAAAAGCCAAGUGCAUAUCUUACAAUUGGCAGACCAAAUUAUUAAGGCACCCAAACAAGGAAACCUUAUUGUAAUAGAACCAUCCAUUUUAUUAAAUUUGGCUAAAGAUGCUCUUUGUCUAAUCGGUAACGCCAACCAGCAGCUAAAUCAGUAUCGAAGAGUCGGAUUAAUCGGUGCAAUGCCUCACCUAAAAGGAUUGGCAAAGGAUGUGUCUGAAGAAGACUUGUUGCUGUUUGGAGAUGAUUUGGACAAAAGAAUCCAAUCAUUGCAAGAUGAGGAGAAAACUAGUAAAGUGCUCUCACGACCAUCUACACCAUAUUCAAAAAAUAAUUUUAAAAAGUACAAACAGCCAUCCUCCAGUUAUUCCUCCUCUGCAAAGUAUAACCAGUCAAAAAACGAGAAGACCUUCUCAAAAGAUCGAAACCACUCCCUGAGAAGGUACACUUAAACCCUGAAGUACAAAGGGUACAAAGGGAGAAAACAAUGAUUAUUGUUUCUACCGGGAACAAAAAGACAACAUCCUCUACACCAAACCUUGUCGCUGCUCAUGCUGCCUGUCUCCGGGAAUCGUUACAAGGUAAAGAGCUUCCAUCAGACACUGUCGAUAUCAUUGCAGCAUCAUGGAGAGAAGGUACCCAGAAACAAUACUCGGGUCCAAUCAGACGAUGGAUACAAUAUUGCACUGGGAGGUCGAUUGAUCCCUAUCAUCCAAAUGUGAAAAUGUGUUAAUACACCUUACUGAAUUAUUCAAAGGUGGGUCUGGAUAUAGUGUUUUAUGUACAACUAG